GUCUCAAACACUUUCCUCAUACUCUUAGAGAUAUGGUCUCUCUUCUCCAAUUCUCAGCAACUAUUCCAUUCAUUCUAUCAUUUCUGCAAUUUGUUAGCCCCUCACCAACCUUUCUCAUGUGCAAGUGUGACAACCAAUUUAAUUACACACAAAACAAUCAUGUGUUUCAAAACAAUCUCAACAACAUACUCACAAAUCUUUCCUCUGAAACCCCCCUAACCAACUUCUACAACUCCACCUUUGGUAAAAAUAAAGAUACAGUCUAUGCACUCCGCUUUUGUCCCGCAUACAUUGCCACACAAGAUUGCCUAGCCUGUGUCCAAACUGCUUCACAAUUGAUCACCCAAAGCUGCCCAAAUCAGAAAAAAGCUAUUAUAUACUAUGUGGAAUGUGUUGUACGAUACGCAAACUAUUCCUUCUUCUCCACUGAAGAUGGAAUACCCGAGGUUUAUUGGAACAGUACAACCAUUUUUUACAAUCCUGAUCAACUUGAUCAAGUGAUGACAAAUACAAUGUACGGACUUAUUAGUAAGGCUGCUUUCGGUUCUUCAACAACAACAAAGUUUGCAACAGGAGAAAGCAAAAUCAUUAGUUCUUCUUUUCAGAAGUUGUAUUGCUUUGCCCAGUGCACUCCUGAUAUAAAUGGAAGAGCUUGUAGGGGAUGUUUACAGACUGCACUCAGUUAUAUUCAGGAUAACAGUUUUGGGAAUGAGUGGUCACUGAUGUAUGGGCCAAACUGUCAGAUGAGGUAUAGUUUGGAAGCUUUUUAUGAUGUAGUCUCUCCUCCUUCUCCCUCAUUGCCACCUUCUGGUUCCACGGAAAACACAAACAUCAACACAACAGCCCCUCCUCCAUUACAGCUAUCUUCAGUUUUUGUAGGGAAGAAGAGAAACACAUCUAUACUUUUCAUCACUACCAUUACUAUGUCAGCAAUUUUGGUGAUUCUUGUCAUCUUCAUUGGCAUCUAUUUGAUAAUGAGGAAAAUCAGGACUUCAAGGGGGGCUAUAAAAAAUCCAGAUUCAACGCCAUCAGCAGAAUCCUUGCAAUUUGACUUAGGAACAAUUAGAGAUGCAACGGAUAAUUUUUCUGCAGCUAAUAAGCUUGGAGAAGGUGGAUUUGGCCCCGUUUACAAGGGUGUGCUUCUAAAUGGGCUAGAAAUAGCUGUGAAGAAGCUCUCUAGAAACUCUAGGCAAGGGCAAGAAGAAUUCAAGAAUGAGGUUUUGUUAUUGGCCAGGCUUCGUCACAAAAAUUUGGUCCGUCUGUUGGGUUUCUGCUUGGAAGGGAAAGAAUUACUUCUCAUAUAUGAGUUCAUGCCUAACAAAAGCCUUGAUCAUUUCAUUUCAUCUUUGGAUUGGAAAAGCUGUAACAAAAUUAUACAAGGCUUUGCUCAAGGACUUCUAUAUCUUCAUGAAGAUUCUCAACAUCGGAUUAUUCAUCGUGAUCUAAAAGCCAGCAACAUUUUGUUGGAUGCUGAGAUGAAUCCUAAAAUUUCAGAUUUUGGCACAAGCAGACUAAUGGUAUUGGAUCAAUCCCAUUACACAACAAGUAAAAUCAUGGGUACCAUUGGAUAUAUGGCUCCAGAGUAUUUUAAGCAUGGUCAUUUCUCGGUUAAGUCAGAUGUCUUCAGUUUUGGUGUGAUACUAUUGGAAAUUUUGAGCGGUCAAAAGAUCUUUUGUUUCCAUGAUGUGGAGAAUGGGGAAAACCUUCUAAGCUAUGCAUGGAAGAGUUGGAAGAAAAAUAUAGCUCUAGAUAUAGUGGAUUCAACAUUGAUGACAGGUUCAAAAAGUGAGAUUAUGAGAUGUUUCCAUAUUGGUUUAUUGUGCGUUCAAGAAAAUCCAACAGACAGACCAACGAUGGCUUCAGUUGUUAACAUGCUCAUUAGCUCCUCUUUCACACUCUCAUUGCCUGCACGUCCUGCAUAUUUUGUGCCUAAAAGCAUUGACCCAGGCAAUUCGUUGCAUGAGUUCAAUUCAAUGGUGACAAAGUUAGAUCAGUCUGAAAUUAAAUCAUCACAAGGGUCAGUAAAUGAGGAUACAAUUACUGAGCUUGUUUGUCGAUAGAAGUGAAACAAGUUGUAGCUCUAUUUAAAUGUUUAUUUUGGAAACAAUUUGAUGUACUAUCUUACCCUUUCUGAUUGUUGUUUAGAUGUACCAUUCCUCUUUUUUUCAUUUCCAUGAAUCUGCUAUAUAAUUUAUUACUAUAUUUACAAUCAAUAAUAUGUUUUCACAUUUGUAUUUCAAUACAAAAAUUAUUC